AUGCAGCUAGACCCCAAGGUGAUGACGCUAGUCGAGUGGGACUCCAACCAGCAGCAACCCUUCUUCCUGUCUCGCUUCAAAGAUGCUCUGCCUUCAUGCCUUGCUGCCGUAUCCUCCCAUCCCAUGUCCCCCCUUCCCCCAGGCCAUAAUGCAGCUAGACCCCAAGGUGAUGACGCUAGUCGAGUGGGACUCCAACCAGCAGCAGCCCUUCCUCCUGCACCGCUGCACCCAUGGAGCACUAUGCACUGCACACAUGCCAAUCCCCCUUCCAUGUUCCCUCCCCAUUUCCAUGCAAUCAUGCAGCUAGACCCCAAGGCAAUCAUGCAGCUAGACCCCAAGGUCGUCGCUCUAGUAGAGUGGGACUCCAAUCAACAACAACCCUUCUUUCUCCACCGCUUCAAAGACGCCCUCCUCUUCUUCCACAACAUCUUUGCUUCCCACGACGCCCUCGCCUCGCGCUUCUCCUUCGGCCGCCGCGGGUUCGAAGAGUUUGUGCUCGCAUGGGAGAUGGCGAUCAUGCAGCUAGACCCAAAGGUUGUUUCUCUAGUCGAGUGGGACUCCAACCAGCAGCAGCCCUUCUUUCUCCACCGAUUCAAAGACGCCCUCCUCUUCUUCCACAACAUCUUCGCCUCCCACGACGCCCUCGCCUCGCGCUUCUCCUUCGGCCGCCGCGGAUUCGAGGAAUUCGUGCUCGCACGGGAGAUGGUGAACCUGGUGGCGUGCGAGGGCAUGCAGAGGCUGGUGAGGGCGGAGAGCUUGGAGCAGAUGCAUGUGAGGAUGGGGAGGUUGGGGGUGGUGGCACGGCCGUUCAGCAAGCGGAGCAUGUGGGGGCUGAGGGAGCUGAUCGCGCCGUAUCCUAAAGGGUUUGGCGUGGAGAGGCAUCCGCAGGGGGGCGUGCGGUUAUUGUGGAAUGGCCAGUCGAUUCUUGGUGCGUCUGCUUGGACUCCUGGGAGGUUGGUGAGAGCGGAGAGUCUGGACCAGAUGCAUGCAAGGAUGGGUAGGCUGGGGGUGGCGGCUCGGCCUUUCAGCAAGAGGAGCAUGUGGGGGUUGAGAGAGUUGAUCGCGCCGUACCCUAAAGGGUUUGGGGUGGAGAGGCAUCCGGCUGGGGGAGUAAGGCUGCUGUGGAGUGGCAAGUCCAUUCUGGGUGCCUCUGCCUGGACUCCAGGGGUAGGAGAAGGGAGGAGAUGA